AUGAUGAUGCCGAUUACCUUUCCAUUAAAGAGCCGUCUGUCUACGAAUACGGCGCAAGGUCAGAUGUUCGUACGAUUCCAAUCUUCUUUUGCUUUCUUCAAUUACACGAACAUAUUCUCGAAGAAUCAGUUGAAGCAUUCUAAACGCAAGGCCAAGAGAUUAUCGUCUACAAUCACGACAUCUUCCAAGUACCAUGAACUAGCAAGGAUGCCCUGUGGCGUGGAGGAGUCUGGUUUUGGGCCAGUAAGACGUAGAUACAAAUAUUCAGCGUUACCUCGAGUUCCCUCGACAUCGAAUAUGGACCGGAAACAACUGAACACAGAGCUGCUGUUCUCAGCAUACAGACCGUUAUCGAUGGAUCUCAAGAGCGAUUCGAGUACCAUGUACGAGUUUCUCAUGGCUCCAGAUCAAUCCACGACUAGUUCACCAUGGGGCAGACCGUUCUCCCGACUACAUGACCACAGAGCAUGGAGAAACGUGCCCUCCCACACGGUAAGAAAGCUGAAACCGUUCGUGCCACCGAGUGAGAUCGAUUUCACGAACAACGCUGACGAUGUCAUGGAACUCUCGGAACUUCGAAGGAGACUGGAGCUCAUUCUCGAUUCAAAGAGGAAAGCCAAGAAGAGACGCACACCCAGAUUGCAUAAGAAGGAGAAGAUAUAG